AUGAUACCUCCGAAAUUACAGAAGAGGAUCGGGGCUGUCCGGAACAAGGACAAGAGCAAACGCCGAGCUAGGGCAACUUCUCCUAUGAGGAUGACUAGUUGCAUCUUCAAAAGUUCUGUGACCAGAAUAACUUCCCAUCCUGAAAAUACCACCAGGCACAGGCAAGAAGAGAUGCUGGAGAAACCCCAGCAGCUCUGUGCAUUCAGGAGACUGCAGAAAUAUUGCAUUGAAGACGGUACAGGGAAUCUACUAGGUCCACUGUGUUUUUCAAACCCUGCAAAAAGAACUGCACGAGGGAGGCAGGCUGGAGCCAUCGUGCCUAGUGGUGUCAAUGGUGUGCACACUGCACAGUUCACCUCUGUGCAAUCCCCGAGGUCAGAAGGGACAGUGCGAGAGGCUCUUGAGCAGUCGCCAUCUCCAUCCUACAGUCAAGGGGUGACAGGGCCAAUGGCUCUUGAGCUGUCGCCAUCUAUUAACAUUCAACAAGUAACUCCUGCGGAUAUCCGGAGACAAUCCCGGAGGGUGAUGAGGGCCAGGAGGAGACUGGCAGCAGCCUUGGAAUUAGACAGGAUUGCCAGGCAGGGAGAGAACAUGGAGGAAUCGCCUGAUGAUGACGAAAUGGAAGAAGCACAGGUGGAGAGCGUGAGCAUGGUGGACUCAUGA